CCGGGCCCGCGGGCCUGUGGGCGCGCGCGGUCCCAGCCGGCCCGGCCCCGACCCCCGCGGCGGCGCGGGCCGGGGAGCGCGGCCGGGAGGAUGUCGGCGGGCGGCCGCGACGAGGAGCGGCGGAAGCUGGCCGACAUCAUCCAGCACUGGAACGCCAACCGGCUGGACCUGUUCGAGAUCAGCCGGCCCACCGAGGAUUUGGAGUUCCAUGGAGUGAUGAGAUUUUAUUUUCAAGAUAAAGCUGCUGGGAAUUUUGCAACAAAAUGCAUUCGGGUCUCUAGUACUGCCACCACUCAAGAUGUGAUCGAGACGCUGGCGGAGAAAUUCCGGCCUGACAUGCGGAUGCUGUCAUCCCCCAAGUACUCCCUCUAUGAAGUGCACGUCAGCGGAGAAGAAAGAAGAUUGGAUAUAGAUGAGAAACCCCUAGUUGUUCAGUUGAAUUGGAAUAAAGAUGAUCGAGAGGGCAGAUUUGUUCUUAAGAAUGAGAACGAUGCCGUUCCUCCUAAGAAGGCUCAGAGCAAUGGACCUGAAAAACAGGAGAAAGAAGGUGUUAUCCAGAACUUCAAGAGAACUCUCUCAAAGAAAGAAAAGAAGGAGAAAAAGAAGAGAGAAAAAGAGGCAGUGAGGCAGGCGUCUGAUAAGGACGAUAGGCCUUUCCAAGGGGAUGACAUUGAGAAUUCCCGACUGGCUGCUGAGGUUUACAAAGACAUGCCUGAAACCAGCUUUACCCGAACGAUUUCGAAUCCGGAGGUGGUCAUGAAGCGUCGCCGGCAGCAGAAACUAGAGAGGAGGAUGCAGGAGUUCCGGAGCUCGGACGGGCGGCCUGACUCAGGUGGAACAUUGAGAAUUUAUGCAGAUAGUUUAAAACCAAAUAUUCCCUACAAGACAAUCCUGCUGUCUACCACAGAUCCUGCAGACUUUGCUGUGGCUGAAGCUUUAGAGAAAUAUGGUCUGGAAAAAGAAAAUCCUAAGGAUUACUGCAUUGCCCGGGUUAUGCUUCCUCCUGGAGCCCAGCAUUCUGAUGAAAAAGGUGCUAAAGAAAUUAUCCUUGAUGAUGAUGAGUGUCCUUUACAAAUCUUCAGGGAAUGGCCAAGUGACAAAGGGGUUUUAGUCUUUCAGUUGAAGAGGAGGCCACCAGACUAUAUCCCAAAGAAAACUAAGAAACAUGUCGAUGGGAAGCUGGUGAAGGGCAAGGAGAGAGCGGAGGGGUCGGGCUACGGCUCUGCGCUUCCGCCCGAGAAGCUGCCCUAUCUAGUAGAGCUAAGCCCAGAUGGCUCAGAUUCCAGAGAUAAGCCCAAGCUUUACCGCCUUCAGUUGAGUGUCACUGAGGUUGGGACAGAAAAGUUCGAUGAGAACUCCAUCCAGCUGUUUGGAUCAGGAAUUCAGCCCCAUCACUGUGACCUCACAAACAUGGAUGGAGUUGUCACUGUCACGCCGAGAAGCAUGGAGGCUGAGACUUACGUGGAGGGACUGCGCAUCUCAGAGACAACCAUGCUGCAGAGUGGGAUGAAAGUGCAGUUUGGGACGUCACACGUGUUCAAGUUUGUGGACCCGAGCCAGGACCACGCUCUGGCAAAGAGAUCUGUGGAUGCAGGCCUGACCGCCAAGGGUCCCAGACACAAGCCUGGAAUUGUUCAAGAGACAACUUUUGAUUUAGGAGGAGAUGUUCAUAGUGGAACAGCGUUACCAACAAGCAAGAGCACCACGAGGCUGGACAGCGACAGGGUGCUGCCCGCCUCCAGCACGGCGGAGCGCGGGAUGGUGAAGCCAGUGAUCAGAGGAGAAUGGCAGCAGGACUACCGCAGGCAAGAAAACAGAACUCAGGAUGCUCCUGGGCCUGAACUGAUAUUGCCUGCAAGCAUUGAAUUCAGGGAAAGUUCUGAAGAUUCAUUUUUAUCUGCCAUUAUCAAUUAUACUAAUAGCUCUACAGUCCAUUUUAAGUUGUCACCUACAUAUGUAUUAUAUAUGGCAUGUCGGUAUGUAUUGUCCUGCCAGUACAGACCGGAUGUCAGUCCUACCGAGCGUACUCACAAAGUGAUUGCAAUAGUCAACAGGAUGGUGAGCAUGAUGGAGGGGGUGAUCCAGGAAGUAGACCAGGUUGAUCAGAAACAGAAGAAUAUUGCAGGGGCACUUGCCUUCUGGAUGGCCAAUGCAUCUGAGCUGCUCAACUUCAUUAAACAGGACCGAGAUCUUAGUCGAAUCACAUUGGAUGCCCAAGACGUUUUAGCACACUUGGUUCAAAUGGCGUUUAAAUACCUGGUUCAUUGUCUUCAAUCAGAACUGAAUAAUUAUAUGCCAGCCUUUCUGGAUGACCCUGAAGAGAACAGCCUACAAAGACCAAAAAUAGAUGACGUUCUGCACACGCUCACGGGAGCCAUGUCUUUGCUGCGACGCUGCCGAGUCAACGCUGCCCUGACCAUCCAGCUCUUCUCCCAGCUCUUCCACUUCGUCAACAUGUGGCUCUUCAACAGACUGGUGACCGAUCCCGAGUCGGGGCUGUGCUCUCACUACUGGGGGGCGAUUAUCCGCCAGCAGCUGGGACACGUGGAAGCGUGGGCAGAGAAGCAGGGCUUAGAGCUGGCAGCUGAUUGUCACCUCAGCCGGAUAGUGCAGGCAACCACUUUGCUUACAAUGGAUAAAUAUGCACCUGAUGACAUUCCAAAUAUAAACAGUACCUGCUUUAAGUUAAAUUCACUGCAACUUCAAGCCUUAUUACAGAAUUACCACUGUGCACCCGAUGAGCCUUUUAUCCCCACGGACCUGAUCGAAAACGUGGUGGCCGUGGCUGAAAACACGGCUGAUGAGUUGGCGCGCAGUGACGGGAGGGAGGUGCAGCUCGAAGAGGACCCCGAUCUGCAGCUGCCUUUUCUUUUGCCAGAAGACGGCUACUCUUGCGAUGUUGUCAGGAACAUUCCAAAUGGUUUACAAGAGUUUUUAGACCCUUUGUGCCAGAGAGGAUUUUGCAGGUUAAUUCCUCAUGCACGCUCACCAGGUACUUGGACAAUAUAUUUUGAGGGUGCAGAUUACGAGAGCCAUCUUCUGCGUGAGAACACGGAGCUGGCUCAGCCUCUGAGGAAAGAACCUGAAAUAAUCACUGUGACUCUUAAAAAGCAAAAUGGGAUGGGCCUCAGCAUCGUUGCAGCAAAGGGUGCUGGCCAAGAUAAACUUGGAAUCUAUGUCAAGUCUGUUGUAAAAGGAGGUGCUGCUGAUGGGGAUGGACGCCUGGCUGCAGGAGACCAGCUCCUCAGUGUGGACGGACGAAGUCUGGUAGGACUCUCUCAAGAAAGGGCGGCAGAACUCAUGACAAGAACAAGUUCUGUGGUAACACUAGAAGUGGCAAAGCAGGGAGCAAUUUAUCACGGCCUCGCCACCCUGCUCAAUCAGCCGUCCCCAAUGAUGCAAAGAAUUUCAGAUCGUCGUGGCUCAGGUAAACCCCGACCAAAGAGUGAAGGUUUUGAGCUCUACAAUAAUUCAGCUCCAAACGGGUCACCUGAGAGCCCUCAGCUGCCUUGGGCAGAAUACAGCGAACCUAAGAAAUUGCCAGGUGACGACAGACUGAUGAAGAACCGGGCUGAUCACCGCUCCAGCCCCAACGUGGCAAAUCAGCCUCCUAGCCCUGGAGGGAAGAGUGCAUAUGCCCCCGGAACAACAGCUAAGAUAACGUCUGUCUCCACCGGGAACCUCUGCACUGAGGAACAGACCCCUCCACCGAGACCUGAGGCCUACCCCAUCCCCACUCAGACGUACACCAGAGAGUAUUUCACCUUCCCAGCUUCCAAAUCCCAGGACCGGAUGGCUCCUCCUCAGAACCAGUGGCCAAAUUACGAGGAGAAGCCACACAUGCACGCAGACAGUAAUCAUUCCAGUAUUGCAAUUCAGCGUGUUACCCGUUCCCAAGAGGAACUUCGGGAGGAUAAAGCUUACCAGGUAGAGCGGCAUCGGAUCGAGGCAGUCUUGGAUCACAAGUCUGAUAGUGAUAUGUGGAUCCAUCAGAGCUCCUCUGUGGGCUCCAGCACCUCCAGCCAAGAGCACCUGGACCACUCCUCCAAGUCAGGCACCCCCGCGUCCACUCUGACCAAAAGUGGCCCUGGGCGCUGGAAGACGCCAGCCGCCGUGCAGCCCGUGACGGUGGCCGUCUCCCAGCCUGUGCAGACAGACCUGCCCCCGCCACCCCCGCCGCCCCCCACGCACUACGCUGGAGACUUCGACGGAAUGCCCAUGGACUUGCCUCUCCCUCCACCUCCUGCCGGCCAGACCGGACCUGCAUCUGCUCAGGCAGCGGCUGCAGAGCGGAGGAAGCGGGAGGAGCACCAGCGGUGGUAUGAGAAGGAGAAGGCCCGUCUAGAAGAGGAGCGAGACAGGAAGCGCAGGGAGCAGGAGCGGAAGCUGGGCCAGAUGCGCUCCCAGUCCCUGAACCCGGCCCCGUUUUCUCCUGUGACCGUCCCACACGUGAAGCCAGAAAAACCUUCUACGCUCCAGAGGCCCCAAGAGACGGUCAUUCGGGAGCUGCAGCCCCAGCAGCAGCCCCGCACGAUCGAGCGCAGAGACCUGCAGUACAUUACAGUCAGCCAAGAGGAGCUGUCGUCCGGAGACAGUCUGUCCCCAGACCCAUGGAAGCGGGAUGCCCGGGAGAAGCUGGAGAAGCAACAGCAGAUGCACAUUGUGGAUAUGUUGAGCAGGGAGAUCCAAGAGCUCCAGAACAAGCCUGAGCGCAGUGCAGAGGAGAACGACCGUCUGCGGAAACUCAUGCUGGAAUGGCAGUUCCAGAAGAGACUCCAGGAGUCCAAACAGAAGGACGAGGAUGACGAGGAAGAGGAGGACGAUGACGUGGAUACCAUGCUGAUCAUGCAGCGCCUCGAGGCUGAGCGGAGAGCAAGGACGCAGAUGAAAUGCGGGAGCAGCCGACGCGCCGGUGGUGGUGGAAUACAGGAUGAGGAGCGGAGGCGUCAGCAGCAGCUGGAGGAGAUGCGCAGGCGGGAAGCAGAAGACCGCGCCAGGCAGGAAGAGGAGCGGCGCCGCCAGGACGAGGAGAGAGCGAAGCGAGAUGCUGAAGAAAAGUUGUUGGUUUCUGUUAACUUUCCUCUGAAUAACUGGAAAUUAACCAGAGGCGACAGGAAGAAGGGUAUUACAGCCGCCUGGAAGCCGAGAGGCGCAGACAGCACGCAGAGGCCGAGCGCAGGUUGCUGGAACCGGAGGAGCCGGGUCUGUGCAGACCCCCGCUUCCGCGGGGCUACGAGCUCCCGUCCCCGUCCCCUCCGGCCGCCGCUCCUCCUCCCCCACCUCAGCGGACCGCCUCCUCCCUCCAGGCCCAGACCCUGUCCCCAGACUCUCUGUACACCGCCAGGCUCGUCUCGUACCACGAGGGGGAGGAGGAGGAGGAGGACUGCAGUCUGGCAGGACCAAACUCUUACAUGGGAUCGGCUGGGACAGCUGUUGGUGCCCAUGAUGCUUAUCGGGAUCCGAGAGAGAGACCGUCUAAAAGCCACGAUGCCGAUGUGCCUGGAAGUUCAGGAGCCCCUGAAAACUUGACAUUCAAAGAGCGUCAGCGUCUGUUUUCACAAGGUCAAGAUGUGUCCAACAAAGUAAAAGCCUCUCGUAAAUUAACAGAACUGGAAAAUGAGCUGAACACCAAAUGAGACGGGGCCGAGGUGCCCGUGCGCCCCAGGGGCCUGUCGGCGCGUCUCUGGAGGACGGGCUCGGGGCGGGGGCCGCGCGCAGCGUGUCCGCGUCCCAGAAGCACGGUUGCUGAGACGGCCGGGAUCCAGAGAUGGUCCCGUUCCAAGACGCUCUUUUCAUUCACCAGGAGAUGAUCACUUAUACAACGUAAACACUGUCUAAUUUCUUAAUCUGACUCACGUGAAGAUACGUUUUUUGUUUCUUUUUUUAGCGUCUGAGUGGCAGAGGGGAGAAUGCAGGGCAGGAGAGCACGGUGGGGACACGUCUUCGCCCUCGCCUGGCGCAGUGCAGAGAGGCCAUGUGUGUUCUGGGUUGCCGACGGCGCUGUGGCGACCGGGCAGGGAACCGCCUGACCUGCCCAGACCUUGUUUGUGCUAUUGAGUAGCAGCUGCAGACCGUGUCCCCCGAGGGCGAGGUGUCCCCUUCCAGGAGAGAGAACACCUGAGCGUACCCCGCAUGGGGGCUCAGUGCAGAGCCUGCCCCGCCGCCUUGCUCACUUGUCUCCCCGCCCCGGGGAGGGGGGUCCCAAGGCAGCUCAGACCCACGCGGCCCAGAAGGGAGGUGGUGCCUGUCAGGACCCUGCCCCCUCUGCUUCCAUCCAGGGACAGCCCUCCUGCUAUAUUCUAAAUAGGUAAUUUAAGAAAAAAAAUUCUCCAAGAAGAAAAUUUUGAGGAUUUAAGCUUAGGAUAUUUUAUUUUUGUAAAUGCCAGAUUAUUGUUAGACUAAUAAAUCAUUGGUGAUUUUGCAGAUGGCAGUUCAGUUAGGGAGUUCACUAAGUAUCUCGACUAUUCAAGAGAAUCUAUAAAAGAGGGUCUGUUUAGCUGGGCCGUGUUGAUGUGGAGAGACGCAGAAGUAUGAGAGGGACGGGAGGUUAGUAGUGACGCUUGACAUGGCUGGGGCUCAGGGAUUCUACCUUCGAGGAAGGACCAGUUCCAUCCACGUGUUGUCUGGGAAGGAAGGCUCGGACUGCAGUUUAAGCGAUUUUCUUACAUCGAAUAGAGUUACUUAAUUUUCAUUUUUGAGUCAUUGGGCAUCGCAGUUGUUUCUUCAGCUGUGACCGUGUGGCUGAUGCUGGGGAGAUGGAUCUCAUGUCGAUUUCUACUGUGUGCCGUGGAAGUGCUAACUUACUUUGUGAUUUUGAGCAAAUUUUCUACUUGACAAAACCCUGCUGUGGGGUCUCGAUGAUUCUUCUGUACCAGAUUGUUCUCUUACAGAUAUGUAUGUUAGAAAAAUACACACACUUGCAAAUAGAAGAGGGAGAGGCUUUUUAGCCUGAGAAAUCACUUUAAUGAGAGCUGUAUGAUAAAUCAUUGAAAUGCGAGUGUAAAUAUUUUUACGUCUAUCGGGGUUCUUAUUUGGAAGUGUGCUCUCACCGUUCCCCUUGUUUAAGAGAGUCACAUGGUUCUAAGUGUUUAUGAAGGAUGUGGGUGUUUGCUCUGGAGGUUCCAGGAAAAGCAGGCCCCUCCCAGAUAGCUCGAGAACACUGGCCGCCUUAUAGGGACUAAAUUCACACUUUCUUCCAUGAAAAGAUGCAGAUGAAUUACUUUUCUGUUAAUAUAUAGAGAAAUAGCAACUACGCGUAAGUACAUGCAAAUACAUGUAAAUACUGACAUGCAGGGGUAUUUGUGUGUGUGGUCAUCAGGCCCGUGGGCAGGUGGGCUGGGCCACCCUUGGGUGAUCAGGUCAAAUGUGAACACAUGCUUUUCAUAACUGCAUCACUGGGGACACCACAACUGCUGUACUUUCCCAUUUCUACUGUACUUCAUUUGCAAUCUAUUUUUAAUAAACUUUGUAUGUAUUUAA